AACCACAGAAUGAGAAAAUGCUGCAAGGGGGAGCGCUGGAUGGAGUCUACAGGCUGGCACAGUUUCACAUUCACUGGGGAUCUUGUGAGGGCCAAGGGUCUGAGCACACUGUGGAUGGUGUGAAGUAUGAUGCAGAGCUCCAUAUUGUUCACUGGAAUGUAAAAUAUGGUAAAUUUGCUGAAGCUGUGAAGCAUCCUGAUGGUUUGGCUGUGGUAGGCAUCUUCAUGAAGGUAGGAAAUGCCAGGCCUGAAAUACAGAAAGUUGUGGAUGCUCUGAACUCUGUUCAAACCAAGGGGAAGCAAGCUUCCUUCACAGACUUUGACCCCACUGGACUGCUUCCUGCAUGCAGAGACUAUUGGACAUACCCCGGCUCGCUGACCACUCCCCCACUGCUCGAAUGCGUGGUCUGGCACGUUCUGAAGGAGCCCAUCACUGUCAGCCCCGAGCAGAUGUGCAAACUCCGUGGCCUUUGCUUCAGUGCUGAGAAUGAGCCCAUGUGUCAUAUGGUGGACAACUGGCGCCCAUGUCAGCCUUUGAAGAACAGAGAAGUCAGAGCUUCCUUCCAGUAACCUCAGCGCUGAGUGUGUUAGAAAUUGCUGUGUUUGUGAGGAGCCCCUUCUGCUAAGCACAAAUCAAACCUUUGCCAUGUGUGCCCUGGCAACAUCUUGUCUCCCAGAUCCAUUCUUUCUUUCGCUCUGCAUCUAAAAUGCCAGCUAAUGAAAUGUGAAAGGCUCUUGGCCAAAUAGGAAAGGGUUCUUACGGUGUGGGCUUGGGGGAGGCAUGGUGGGGGGUGGCUGCGUGCAUUUUGGUGACUAUUACUGCAGCUGACACUUUGGUAAAAGACAGUAUGUUGGCUACUUGGGAGAGGAUAUGAUGAUAGCAAAAUAAGCCAUUUUAAGAAACCUCAACCACAGGUGUGAUAGUACACAUAACUAACGAUAACUUGAAGCUUUAUGAAAAGCACAGGAAUACAGAAUCUAGAUAUGUCUUAGGAAAAAAAGUAUUUUGAGAAAGUAAGGCAAAAUGAAUAUUGAGAAUUAGACUUAGAUUUUAAGAAACUGACAUGUAAAUAUUUUUGAGACCGUUUUACAUUUUUACCCAUGCUAUCAACAACCUUGAAUAUGUCUUAAUGGUAGUGUUGGAUUUUUUAAUUAAAAAUGUCCUAAAUUAAGUAUUAUCUUUAAAAGUUGUUAUUACCAUAGAAAUAAUACAAAAUUAUCUUUUGGUUGAAAUAAUAUAUGCUCUAAUUUAAAGAGGAAAAUAAUAUUGUAUUUUAGAUAACUUCUCUAAUAAAUCUAUACUU